GCCCUGCGCCUGUAUAUGAUUUUUAGAAAGCUCGUUACAGCAUCCUCUCGUCUCUCUAAUUUUCUUCCCAAGAGAUCCUCCUCCAGAGCUUGAAACAUAAUCAAGUAGGUACACAUGGGGACCGGAAGAUCAGAGGGGUCAGAGUACAUUGUGAGAGUGAGCAAGAGGGAGAUGGUGGCUGCACUUCUGCCAUUGCAAGAGCACUGGCUGCCACUAUCCAACCUAGACUUGCUCCUUCCCCCAGUGGACGUGGGUGUUUUUUUCUGCUAUAAGAAACCUGCAGCUACCAGAUCUGGGGAUGAUGCAGACAACCUUUGUGGUUUUGAGUCCAUGGUCAGGGUGCUCAAGAGGUCAUUGGCACAAGCUCUGGUUUCCCACUACGCGUUUGCCGGUGAGGUGGUGCCAAACUUGGUUGGAGAACCUGAGAUUCUCUGCAACAAUGGCGGAGUAUGUUUUGUUGAAGCUUUUGCAGAGGUAGACCUUAAAGACCUCAACUUGUAUAACCCUGACGAGACCAUCGAGGGCAAACUUGUGCCCCAGAGGAAGCAUGGUGUUCUGGCUGUCCAGGCUACUCAGCUAAAAUGUGGUGGAUUGGUGGUCGCAUGCACGUUUGACCACCGAAUAGCAGACGCUUACUCGGCCAACAUGUUUCUUGUUUCGUGGGCUGAGAUGGCUCAGUCUAAACCAAUCACUGUUAUGCCAUCUUUUCGUCGAUCUCUACUCAACCCUCGACACCCCGGCUCGAUUCAUCCCUCCUUCGAUGACAUGUAUGUCCCCAUAACCACAUUGGCCCCACCCAAAGACCCAGAACCUGAUGCAGACUAUCUCAUUAGCCGCAUAUACUACAUUACUGCCGAUCAACUCAACCGUCUCCAGUCACUAGCCAGCACCAGUGGUUGCAGGAGAACAAAAUUACAGUGUUUUAGUGCAUUCCUGUGGAAGAUGAUUGCCAAAUGCGCUAUUAUUAAGAACAUGGACAAAAAGGUAACCAAGUUGGGCAUUGUUGUCGAUGGAAGGACAAGAUUAAGCGAAGGAGAUAAACAUAAAGCUUCACUCAUGGGUUCGUACUUUGGAAAUGUGCUGUCCAUACCGUAUGGUGCCAAGCAAGUGAGUGAGAUUAACGAGAAGCCGUUGGAUUGGGUGGCAGAUGAGGUUCAUAAACUGUUGGAAGGUGCAGUGACAAAGGAACAUUUUUUGGGGCUGAUAGAUUGGGUGGAGGCUCAUCGUCCGGUGCCAGGUUUGGCAAAGAUAUAUUAUAAUGGGAGCGAAGAUGGACCGGCUUUGGUGGUGUCAUCCGGGCAACAGUUCCCAGUGUCUAAGGUGGACUUCGGGUGGGGAAAGCCGGCUUUUGGGUCGUACCAUUUUCCGUGGGAAGGAGACGCCGGAUACGUGAUGCCGAUGCCGAGCCCCGCCGGAAACGGUGAUUGGGUGGUGUACAUGCACCUCUUUAAAGGACAGCUGGAGUUGAUAGAGGCUGAAGCUGCUCAGGUCUUUAGACCCUUGACUUCUAACUAUCUCGGCUUCGACUAGGUCAAUAUUGAAGAGUAAAUAUUUUAGGGAUAAGUUUUAAAUAUAUGAGUGUUUUAUAAAAUAAAAAUAUAGUUAUUUUUGUAUAUUUUUUGUAUAUCCUAUUGAUAUGAUUGGUUGUAUCAUUUUUUUAAUAUAAAAUAUUUGAUUUAGUCAAUCAUAUCAAUAAAGUGUAUAAAAAAUAUAUAAAAAUAACUAUAUGCAGCAUAACUUUUUAUAAAAUAGUUAUCCUAUAGAAAAAAUUAGCUUUUUUUCUAAUGGAGUCUAUUUUUUAUAUAAAAAGUCUGUGCAAAACUUAUAUAUUUAAGACUCGUAAAAUUAUUAUUAAGUUAAUGUUAUAUCACCCUUUGUUUCGUAGGUACGUGUUUCCAAUUCUCUCUAUAUAUAAAUAAUUAAGUUGUGCAUGCAUGUACUAUUUUAUCGAUCUAGUUGUAGUUAGGGGGACAAUCGUAUGGCGCCAUUGGGAUUUAUGGAUGGUGAGAUCGAUGUAGUUGUUGUAUUAUUCUGUAAUAUUUCGCAUGUAUACAUACAUACAUAUAUACACAUAUGUAUGUAUGAUUAAUGUGGUGAUCAAUUGUAUGAACUCUUAACCGUACGUAUGCCUCUAAUUUAUAAGUCAUAUUGUGCUAUAUA